GCCAAAACCAAUUUUCUUAUCACUUUAAUUAAACCCAAAGUAAAAACCAUUUCGAAUCCAUAAAACAAAGCACCAAUUACUUUUAUUAUCGCCAUAUUACAUUAAAACACGAUUAAAACGGCGAUUUUCUACAACAAAACAAGAUAACUCACUUAAUAAAAUGCAUAAAACGCGAAAGUGAAAGGCGAAAAGUGAAUUUCCACGUGGCAUGCGCUCUAUGACUAACCUAAAAUUAACCCCAAACCCGUUGCGGAAUGAAUCGAUGAGCACCGAAAACAAAGUUCAAUUAUAUUCACGCAAAAAACAACCAACGAAAAAAAAAAACCUUAAUGAAUAAACGAUUAAUUCUAACACAUUAAUUUAUUCAUAACACAGUCGCAAACCGACCUCAACGCUUAAAUACACGGUUAAAUCGAACUAAUCGAGUCGAAAUAUGCCAACGUACGGAUUUAAAAGCGAAGAUAUCGUGAAUUCAAACCGAAUCACACAAGAAGAAAUCGACGAGAUCAAAGAAUGGGCUUUAACGCAAAAAGUACCUCGAUUAAACGACGAACAAGUGGUCAAUUUCGUGUUGUCUUGCGAACGAAAUAUUGAUUUAGCGAAAAAUACGGUUAUUGAAUUUUACAAAACACGAAAAGAUUAUAAAGAGUUAUUUAAUAAUCGAGAUUUAGACGAUGAUGAUAUAAAAAGCCAAUUAGAAGCUUUAGAAUAUAUUUAUCUUCCAAAACGUACGAAAGCCGGUGAAGCUUUAAUUUAUCACAAAUUAUCGGAUACAACUUACUGGAAAUAUAAAAUGAGUCCUUCGAUGAAAUUGUUAUUCAUGACUAUUGAUGCGGCCGUUUAUCAAAGUCCACCAACGGGGCUUAUUAUUUUAUUCGAUAUGAAAGGGGUUUCCUUGAUGCACCUAACCAGAAUAAAAGUAGGGAUUAUAAAGGCUUUUAGCCAAUACACCCAAGACGCCUUACCCGCCAAAUUAAUCGCCAUUCACGUUCUAAACACCCAAUACUUUAUAAACAAAAUCAUGGCCUUUUUUAAACCGUUUUUAAAACCGCAUAUUUACAAUUUGUUACAUUUUCAUCCACCGACAUUAAACCUGGAGGAUUUUCAUAAAAACUUUGUAGAUAAAGAUUGCUUACCCGCUGAUUUAGGAGGAACGUUGAAACCAACCGCGGAACUCCAUCAGGAUAACAUAAAACUCCUUCGGAAUAUGAAACAAUUCUUCGACGAGGAGGAAAACGAACGAAACGAAUUCUUCGACACAAAAUGACGCUUCAAAGGUGCCGCCAUUUUGGGGGUAUACACAAUUAAAGAACGUAGCCUAUUUAAUAAUAAUUUUGAUUGUUUAAUUGUUAUAAUGUA